CUUCUCUCUCACACGCGGGCGAGCGAUGUGCGCCAUGGCUGCGAUUGCCCCGGUGUCAUCCCCUUUGCUGCGCGAGCAAUCUGGGCGACUCACUAGGACGCCAGGCUCAGGGCGAGCCACAGGGUCUGCUUUUUGCCCGCUGCGAGUGGCGGCCGCUUUCUGCGGGUUGCCCCUGGCCCGUGGCUGGAGGGUGAAGGGUCGGACCCGGACCCGUGUGACCCGUGCGGCCGAAGGCGCCCGUGUGGCGGUGGUGGGCGCCGGGCCGGCGGGCUUGGCGGCGGCGCUGGCUUUGCGCAAGGAAGGCCUGGAGGACGUGACGGUCUUCGAGCGCGCGCCGAAGCUGAGGCCCGGGGUGGGCGGGGGCGUCCAGCUGCACGCGGGCGCGGCGCUGCUGGCGGAGCUGGGGGUAAACCUCGGCUUCGCGCAGCCCCUGCGCCGCAUCAGGAGCCGCGGGGUGGACGGCUCCGAACUGCUGCGCCUCGACCUGCCACAGCUGGUGGACCGCUUCGCGCCGCUGACGGGCUCCAUCCGGCGCCCGGACGGCGACCUGGCGAGUUGCACGGUGAUGCGCGACGCGCUGCUGGCGGCGCUGGCGGCGCAGCUGCCGCCGGGCUCCGUGAAGUUUGGCAAAGAGCUGCAGGGCUUGGAGCUGAAGAGUGGCUCCGUGACGGCCAACUUCUCCGGCGAAUCUGAGGACUUUGACUUGGUGAUCGCGGCCGACGGCAUCGGCAGCCUGGCCCGAUCGGUGGUGACGGAGACCGUGGAGAAGCCGCGAUACACAGGUCUGCGGAUUCAGUACGGCGUGCGGGAGGCCGGCGGUCGACCUGCCGGAUGCGAGGAGGAGGCCCAUCAGUGGUUCGGCGAAGGCGUCUACGCCCUCACGGCCACCUACGGGGGGCUGGGCUCCAAGCGCUACGAAAUGCUCGCCGCAGUCUUCCGGGAGGACGCCCCGGCCGCGGAGAAUGCGGACUGGGAGCCUGUGCAGGUGCAGGAGAGCUGCCUGCGGCGCCUGCGCGCGUCGGGCCACGUGCCGGAGGUGCUGGACAUGGCCUCCGGCUGCAGCCGCUUCUUCGAGCUGGGCGUCUGUGAGAGGCCCAUCGGAUUCAACCGCUGGCAUCGGGGGCGCCUGGUCCUCAUCGGGGACUCCGCGCACGCGAUGCCGCCCUUCCUGGGGCAGGGCGCGAAUCAGGCGAUCCAGGACGCUGUGUGCCUGGCCCGCCGACUGGCCGGCGCUGGCCUGAAGUCGCCGGAGGCGCUGGAGGAGGCGCUAAACAGCUUCACCGCCGCGCGGCUGCCGCCCGUGGCCGUGCUGGGCUUGGAGAGCGGCUUCGUGGGCCAAGUAGAGACGUUGCCGGGCGCCGUGGGCUCCUUGGUGCGGGACAACUUCUUCCGAGUCAUGGGCGGAAGUGGCAUGGCAGGCCUGGUUUUCCUCAACGGCGCCGUGGCGCGUGUGUGAUCCGAAAGGCGGAGCGAGGGCUGGUCAUUCAGCAAGUCGGGCAGGGGAAGGCCGACAGAGGCUUCAGUUGAGGCCGGUUUCGGUGAGCUACAACACCUCAAGAGAGCUAUCCCUUCCUCUCAUGGAAGCUGAGGCUAGGUGCGUAGACUAUUUUCCUUUCACAGGGACCUUCUGUCAGCUUGUGG